CUCCAGCGCCACCUAGUGUCCGAGGUGGAGUCCUCCUCCAGGACUGUUCAGCCCUGCGCAGGGACUGGCUCUCCCGCAGCCAUUUUCUGUCCAACCAAACGGCCGAGCUGAGACGAGAACCAACCAGGGCUUCAACGCAGAUGGACGGAGACAGUUCAACUACAGAUGCCUCCCAACUUGGCAUAACAGGAGAAUAUAUGGCUGGUAGUCACUUUGUUCUAGCUCAAGCUCCAGAAGAUGAAGGUGAUGAGGGUCUCGACCACGAGGAUGGCAAUGGAAGCAAAGAUAACCUACGUGAACAAGACAUCUAUCUCCCCAUCGCUAACGUAGCUCGAAUCAUGAAGAAUGCAAUCCCACAAACUGGAAAAAUAGCAAAGGAUGCCAAGGAGUGUGUGCAGGAGUGUGUGAGCGAGUUCAUCAGCUUCAUCACUUCAGAAGCCAGCGAGAGAUGCCAUCAGGAGAAACGCAAGACGAUAAACGGCGAAGACAUCCUGUUCGCAAUGUCCACGCUGGGUUUCGACAUGUAUGUGGAGCCUCUGAAGCUCUACCUGCAGAAGUUCAGAGAGGCCAUGAAAGGAGAGAAAGGCAUAAGCACUGUAACAGUAACCGAAGGCAUGGGAGAGGAGCUGACCGACGAGACUUUCACGGCUUCCCGAAAUCCUCAUGCUAUCCUGUUUUCCCUCAGCAAGCAAGAACAAGCAGGUCAUCUUGACUCAUUCUCGUGCAAGGCAGAGGCAGGCAUCAUAGCAAAUCCACUUCCUGCAGGAAUCAUAACAGCUGAUGGACAGCAACAAAAUGUGAUGGUGUACACCACCUCCUAUCAGCAGAUCCCAGGUGUGCAACAGCUCCAGUUCUCCUGAAGAUGUGCGGAAACCAACACCUAAUCAUCACGAAUCAGACCUCCACACUUUCACAGGUCCUGAGCGGUGAGGUCCGUUAUGGAGGUGUUCAGUGGGCUCUCACGGGUCACAGAGCUGGACUUCUAUGUUUGUUUAGCUUGUUUUUGUGUGUGCUCCAUGUGUGUCUGUGCACAUACAUUAUGAUUUUACGUGAUUAGUCUGUUGAGUGUUAUUUUGUUUGUUUUUCAGCAUACAUUUGGAGUUUUAUCUAUGUAAAGAUUUGGGGUAAAAGGGGUCCUGAGGGGGUUCAAAACUAACUCAGCCCUCUAUCAAAGCAAUAAAAUAAAACAAAUGUGAAUUUUCCUGCAACUUAGUGGAAUGAGGGCUUUGCUCCUUUUUACAUAGAUUAAAAAUCAUGUUGCAUGUGUAAUUUCAGUUUGAUGAGAUGUUAACACUUAAAAUAAAAUGUGGAAUUUUUGUAAAUAGUUCAUAUUUUUGUGUAUGUUUUUUUUUCUUUUCUCAAUAUUUACGUGAAUUUGUAUUGAUGCAUUUCAUUCAUCACAAAGAACUCAUUUUAAAGCAAUCUGCAUUUAUCAGUCAAAUCCAAAAAUAAAUGUAAAUAAGUUCUUCAGUGUG